AGCCCGUCUGGUUUUACUGCUUCACCUCCUGAAGGAAAUGAUUCCUCCAAUACUGUUCCUCAGCAGAUGGCUGCCCACAUACUGCGUUCUAGAAGCCUACCAACAUUUCCUACCUCUUCAUCACUAAUGCAGCCACGAAAACUGACUAGAAGUCUGGACUGUAGUAUUGACAAGUUAGAAAACACUGUAGAGCCUUACCUUGCUACCCAGCCAGAGAAACAGAAUCCUUUGGGGAGUUUUAUCACGCUAAAAACUGGCAAAGAGGAUGCGUUCAUCAGUAGCUGUGAGUCUGCAAAAACUGCGUGUGAAGAGGAAGCUGUUCUCAUGGCCCAAGCUUCUGUCAGUGGUGUCCCCAAAGGAACCCUGGGGUUUCCCGUGGCCAAAGUAGAUCAUCAAGACUUGGGAACAGAACCCAGAUCAGAUGAUGACAGUCCUGGCAACGAGUUCUGUCCCCGCCGACCUGAUAACCUGAAGGGGCUGGCCUCCAUCCAGCAAAGCCACAGCAUGAUUGCAAGUCUUGGGCUAGCUUUUCCUUCGCAGAACGGGUCUGCAGCCGUCGGCCGGUGGCCGAGUCUUGUUGAUAGGAACACUGAUGUUUGGGAAAACUUUGCCUUUUCUCUUGGCUAUGAGCCAAACUACAACCGAACUGCAAGUGCUCACAGUGCAACUGAAGAAUGCUUGGUACCUAUAUGCUGUGGAUUAUAUGAACUUUAA